CCACCAGGGAAGCGGCGGUGGCGGCAGGAAGGGAUUGAGCGGCGGUAUUAGCGGUAGUGCCCUGGGUGGUCGGUCUGGCGGCCCCCGAGACCUCGACAGAAGACGCGGCCCCGAGCUGUCCCUGCAACCCCGGGCUGUGGCCGGGGCGAGCCGGCGCCUCCGCCCGCAGAACGGGCCGGGGCGGGAUGUAGGGUGCUGGGCUAGGAGGCCGCCGGCGCGGCUGGGGGAGAACGGAGGGCGCGCCGAGGAUGGAGAGAGCGAUGGAGCAGCUCAACCGCCUGACGCGCUCGCUGCGCCGCGCUCGUACCGUGGAGCUGCCCGAUGAUAAUGAAACUGCUGUUUAUACAUUAAUGCCAAUGGUUAUGGCUGAUCAGCACAGGUCUGUUUCUGAACUACUAUCAAAUUCAAAGUUUGAUGUUAAUUAUGCGUUUGGACGUGUGAAAAGAAGCUUGCUUCACAUUGCUGCAAAUUGUGGAUCGGUGGAAUGCUUGGUUCUGCUAUUAAAGAAAGGAGCAAAUCCUAACUAUCAAGAUAUUUCAGGCUGCACCCCCCUCCAUUUGGCAGCUAGAAAUGGGCAGAAGAAAUGUAUGAGUAAAUUAUUAGAAUACAGUGCUGAUGUCAACAUUUGUAAUAAUGAAGGCCUUACAGCAAUACACUGGCUGGCUGUGAACGGGCGGACGGAAUUGCUCCACGACCUUGUGCAGCACGUCAGUGACGUCGACGUGGAGGACGCCAUGGGGCAGACGGCACUGCACGUGGCCUGCCAGAACGGUCACAAGACGACAGUGCAGUGCUUGCUGGACAGUGGUGCUGAUAUUAACAGGCCAAACGUAUCAGGAGCCACUCCAUUGUACUUUGCUUGCAGUCAUGGCCAGAGAGACACAGCACAGAUUCUUCUAUUACGAGGAGCCAAAUAUCUGCCAGAUAAAAAUGGAGUAACCCCUCUGGAUUUAUGUGUACAGCAAAUGAUCAAACUCAAGGAGGGGAUUGUGGGAACUCCUGAAUUACAGCUGAUUAGUCAGAACCUAUCUAGUAAUUAUGAUGCUCAAAUGAAGAGCCUUUUAAGGAUUGUGAGGAUAUUUUGUCAUGUCUUUCGAAUUGGUCCAUCCUCUCCCAGUAAUGGAAUCGAUAUGGGCUACAACGGGAAUAAAACUCCAAGAAGCCAGGUGUUCAAGCCUCUUGAAUUGCUUUGGCACUCAUUAGAUGAAUGGCUAGUUUUAAUAGCUACAGAACUGAUGAAAAACAAAAAGGACUCAACGGAUAUCACUUCUAUUUUACUAAAACAAAAAGGCCAAGAUCAAGAUGGUGCUUCAAUUCCUCCAUUUGAACCUGCAGGACCUGGGAGCUAUGAAAAUCUAUCCACUGGCACCAGGGAAUCUAAACCAGAUGCUCUAGGAGGGAAACAGGAAGCCAGUGCAGACUGUCAGGAUGUUAUUUCUAUGACAGCUAAUCGGCUAAGUGCUGUCAUUCAAGCUUUUUACAUGUGCUGUUCUUGUCAGAUGCCUCCAGGAAUGACUUCACCUCGUUUCAUUGAAUUUGUCUGCAAACAUGAUGAAGUUUUAAAAUGCUUUGUUAACAGAAAUCCCAAAAUUAUAUUUGACCACUUUCACUUCCUCCUUGAAUGUCCCGAGUUGAUGUCAAGAUUCAUGCAUAUUAUAAAAGCACAGCCAUUUAAAGAUCGCUGUGAAUGGUUCUAUGAACAUUUGCAUUCAGGACAACAGGAUUCAGACAUGGUGCACAGGCCAGUGAAUGAAAAUGAUAUCCUGCUGGUUCACAGAGAUUCUAUUUUUAGGAGUAGCUGUGAAGUUGUGUCAAAAGCAAGUUGUGCAAAACUAAAGCAAGGAAUUGCUGUACGGUUCCAUGGAGAAGAAGGCAUGGGUCAAGGUGUUGUGCGUGAGUGGUUUGAUAUUCUGUCUAAUGAGAUAGUCAAUCCCGAUUAUGCAUUGUUUACCCAGUCAGCUGAUGGAACAACUUUUCAGCCUAAUAGCAACUCCUCUGUAAAUCCUGAUCACUUGAACUAUUUCCGGUUUGCUGGACAGAUCUUGGGAUUGGCUUUGAACCAUAGGCAGCUGGUCAACAUUUAUUUCACAAGAUCAUUCUACAAGCACAUUCUUGGUAUUCCUGUAAAUUACCAAGAUGUGGCAUCUAUUGAUCCCGAAUAUGCCAAAAAUUUGCAGUGGAUUUUAGAUAAUGAUAUUAGUGACCUGGGUCUAGAGCUAACUUUUUCUGUUGAGACUGAUGUGUUUGGAGCAAUGGAAGAGGUGCCUUUGAAACCGGGGGGUGAAAGUAUUCUUGUCACACAAAAUAACAAAGCGGAGUAUGUCCAGCUUGUUACUGAACUUCGGAUGACAAGAGCCAUUCAGCCUCAGAUCAAUGCUUUCUUACAGGGCUUUCAUAUGUUCAUUCCACCUUCCCUCAUACAACUUUUUGAUGAAUACGAAUUGGAGCUGCUGCUUUCUGGCAUGCCAGAAAUUGAUGUGAGUGAUUGGAUAAAAAAUACAGAAUACACAAGUGGCUAUGAAAGAGAAGAUCCAGUUAUUCAGUGGUUCUGGGAAGUUGUGGAAGAUAUUACACCAGAGGAGAGAGUUCUUCUCCUGCAGUUUGUUACUGGCAGUUCCAGGGUCCCACAUGGUGGAUUUGCUAAUAUCAUGGGUGGAAGUGGAUUGCAAAACUUUACAAUCGCUGCUGUGCCAUAUACUCCAAAUCUUCUGCCGACUUCAAGCACAUGCAUCAACAUGCUUAAGUUACCUGAAUACCCAAGUAAAGAAAUACUCAAGGACAGACUUCUAGUGGCACUACAUUGUGGCAGCUAUGGUUACACAAUGGCAUGAUGAAGUCUGGAGAACUCAUCUGACUACUGAUGCACAAAUCGGAGUGGCAGAAGUAAUUUAGGAAACUGUCAACAGAAAAGCAGCCUAAAUGCAGCCGAUAGGCAGGGCUGAUGUUUAAAAUUCAUAAAGGAUCAGGUUUUCUCUUCCCACCCUUUUUUCCCUUUUAUGUUUUCUCAGUUUGUGAUACAAUUAAAAAAUAUAAAAUCACAGUACUCUUCAUUUUAAAAAAUGCUAACUGAACGUAAUAGAAAAUGUCCUUACUGAUAUUUCUUUAAUCUUAUCCAAGAUUGUGUUAAGGCAAAAUUUUAUUAUACAUUCCACCUCUGCUAUGUAACUGUCUUGUUAAAAGAAUGUUUUCUCUUUAUUUUGCUAUAUAUUAAAAUAUAUUAGGACAUCCAGCCUGGUAUGUUCUAUUGCAUGUAAAGUGCCAUUUAUAUUUUGGAAAAAAUAUUGUAUAGAAUGGAUUAAUCGAGAUUGUGUAUAAAGCCACAAAUAUGUAUUUUCCCAUUUGAAUGUAUAUUGCAAUGAUGUUUUUUAGCUUUUUAAUAUUUUACUAUGUAAAAUUUAGACUGAUGUGACUAACAAACAGCUGAUGAUAUGACAUCUAAUUUAUAUACUAAAGCUUAUAUACUAUAUUGUAUGAUUUAUUUGCAUCUUUCUGUGGUCAGUUUUCCAUAUAUUGUGGUCUCAAAGUUUUUCUUAUGCCUUAUUUUAAUUUAUAUUUCAGGUAAAAUUAAAAUAUACUAUUUUACCAUAUUUUAAAAUUACUUUUGUUUUAUCUGCUAGUUCUGAUGACACAUUUAAAGAAGUAAUCCGAUGUGCAGAUUACAAUUUAAAUAUGUAAUUUUUCUUAAAUUUGUUUUUUAGGAUUAAAAUGUUGAGUUCCAGUAAAAUAUAUCUAAUACAGAGUGUUGGUUUUAAAUUUUA